AUGAGAGGAAUCGAACCUAUUGUGCACCACGGCGACAAGCCCUCCGAGGUCACCCCACGCUCCUUCCGCCGCUUCCUGAUCGACACCCCGCUGAGGCACGCCGGUCCCGAGCAGUACCCGCCAGGCGGCUGCCCCUCCAUCGGUUUUGGCUCCUUCCAUCAACAGUACUGGCUGGACGGCCGGCUGGUGGCGGUGGGGGUGGUGGAUGUGCUGCCGCGCUGCCUGUCCUCCAAGUACCUCUUCUGGGAACCAGACCUGGCGCCGCUGUCGCUGGGCAAGCUGACGUCGCUGCAAGAGAUUGAGUGGGUGUGGGAGCAGCAGGCGGCCUGCCCCUCGCUGCGGUACUACUACCUCGGCUUCUACAUCCACAACUGCCACCGCAUGCGGUACAAGGUGGGCGACUUUGGGCCCAGCGACCUGCUCUGCCCCAAGAACAAGUGCUGGGUGCCGCUGGCGCGGGUGCAGGCCGCACUGGACCAGCCCGGCAUGGUAGCUAUCUCGGAGCUGCCAGGCGCGCUGGAGGGGCUGGGAGAGGAGCAUCGGGUGGACGCCGCCACGGGCCACCCCACCUGCCCGCCGCGAGAGCCCAGCGAGGCCGAGCUGGAUGCCUUCCGCUUCCUGGUGAAGCUGCCCGGCGGCGGUGGGCCGCGCGGGCAGCCGCAGGCGCGGGUCGUCACGCUCAAGCUGCUGCGCCAGGUUGGCAUGCUGGGGCCGGCCGCCGACCGGGCGCUGGUGGAGCCGCUCAAGACGUGGUGGAGCAGGGCGGGGGCGGCGGCGGCCUCCACCGCAGCCUUCGCGCUGGAGUGA